AUGAGCAGUGAAGGAAAGGAAAGGAAAAAGAAAGAUAUUAAUGAAAUGGAACCCGAAGUUGACGAUGAUCAGGUUGAUCCCUAUCAUGGAAAACAACAAGAACUACCUGAGUCCGAAAACUUUGAAAUGCCCGAUGAUUUAAACUUGGACGGCGAAGAAAAAGACGAUAAGGAUGGAGAAACUGAAACUGAAAAUCCGUUUGAAAUCGACGCUAUGAAAGAAGCUUUACAAGAAGAGCAGAAAGAAAAUGAUGGUAAAGAUAAAGAUAAAAAAAUAAAAAUUUAG